CGCACGUCGCCGAGGUCCAAAAACGCUGUAAAAAUGGAUAAUAACACCAGCGACAGUGAUGCAUCGUCAUUGCCGGCCGAAGUUGCGUCAGAAGUAGAAGCGCUAUCAACGUAUUUGCAGGACUUGGACCUGGGCCGGCGCAAGCAAAAACUGGAGGAGCUCGUGAAGCAUCCGCUGCACGAGCUCGAGCAUUCCCUGCCAGGGAAUGCAUACACGUCAUCGGUUAUGCAGCGAGUCGCCUACGUCAUGCGCGGCCACGUGCCGGGCGCGUUCGCGGCGGCCAUCACCACGGGCUGCUACGCGGAGGCGCUCGUGGGCUGCUACCUCGGCGGCUGCACGUUUGCGCUGGAGCCGCCGGCGCACAACUUCGACGCGAGCGCCUUAGACUUCGACUCGCGCUACGAAAGAAGCGUCUCGAUCAUGGUCGGCCGGGCCAACACGGCCUACGUGUGCCGCCAGGGCUGGCCCCACGGCCUCGUCAUCGACCUCAAUCGCGCGCGCGAGCGCGGCUUCACGAUCCGGCCGUGGCAGGAAGGGGACUAUGGCCCCGCCGCGCUGCUCCGGAGGUAUUCGCAGCUGCGGGACCUCGUGAAGGCGGCGCCGCCGGACCCGCUGCCACCUGGGAACGAGUUGCUCUGCCGCGUCCUGCCACAGGAGCAGCUGCGACACUUCGACGGGCUGCAUUGGCAGAUGUUGCUGCCGGAGCAGCCGCGGCUGCUGCUGCAAGCGUCGCCGGCGUCGCCGGGCUCGUCGCCGGACCCGCGGACGCAGCCGCCGGUGCCGCCGCCGGAGCCGCCGCCGCCGCCGCCGCCGCCUCCACCCGACGAAGGGAGACGGUGGUCGAUAGGGCUGAUCAAGCCCUACCCUUGGUAGGUGCCGGCGUUUCGUCGACUCGAGGAGCCUACAAUUCGAUCUAUUCUCGUGAGAGUUGACGUUUCUCCACGUUCAUCGGUGUCUCAACGCAGGUUGCCCUGUUACAAGGAGUGGGUGGUGUUCUUGCUCUAUUUGGGGCUCGUGGUGCCGUUCGACGACGGCAUGCCCCUGCUCUGUCUGAGCUGGCUGCCCUACGCGCUCGCGGCCGCCGGCUACUGCGGCGACGACCUCUACCAGCGCUUCCGGCACGGCGAGUUCCGGGACACGCGCGCGAUCGCCGCCGAGCGCCCGGAGGGCCUGCCCGCGAAUGCGAGCGCUCAAGACGCGUGCGCGGCGCUCGCGCGGGCGUGCGCACGGUGCGCUUCGUCGCCGGGCGCGCGGCGCCCGCCGACGCCGCCGAGCGUCGGCGGCGCGCCGGCGGCCGGCAGCCUGCUCGAACCCGUGCUGACCCCGGCGCUCCUCGCGAAGUGCACCGCGCUGGCCCAGCGCUUCCCGCAGCCGGGCCCGGCGCAGGGCACGGCGCUGGCGCCGCCGAACUUUUAUGAUAGGACGGAUCAGCCGCCGAACACGUUCGAGGGCGAUGCGCGGCCCGAGGUAGAACACGUCCUGUUGCUCUGCUACGUCGUCGUGGCGCGGCGCGACGUCCAUCAGAGGAUGCAAGACGUCCUGGGCAUCGACUGCGACGACUCGAACUUUUUCCUGGUGAUCCGGGGCUCGAUGGGGCCGUCCAGCGGCGGCCUCCAGCUCGAGGCCCAGCUCGGCCUCCCGCACCGCUUCUUCCACGACCUCUUCCAUAAAAAUGUCCGGCGCGGCGGGACCGGUUUCUGGGGCGUCGGCGUCUUCGACGCGGAGCAGGUCCGCGGAGCCGUCGAGAUCGCUGAGGACGAGACGUAUGUGAUGCCGUCCUCGUCGUUCGCGGGGUUCUCGCCGUAUAGGCGUUAGACAUGUUAAUGUUUCUAUCCGGCU